GCGCGCUCCCUGCUGGGCUCGCUGCGGGCAGCCGGGCGGGGCUUCUCGCCCCGUGGUACAGUUUGCAAGGACAACACCUAAAGUUACUCCAUCUCUGCUUUGCAAAUAGCUGCUCCAUUUCAGAACUCAAGGAGGAGGGCUGAGAACCACUGAGGGAUAACCAGGCGGUAUGAUGCAGGCAGCUCCACCAGCAAUAAACGUUACAACCGGCUAUAAAGAUCAAAUGACACUUGGGUUGGUUAACGAAAGCUAUACAAGGGGAAAAUGUUGGAAUACUGAGCAUGGAAAUUUACUGUGCUGAGCUCAGCUGAUGAAAAACAAGUUUCAGUCAGAAAAGCGGUUUACUUCCGUCAACCCUUCUGCCUACCAAAUGGAAAAAGAGGCCUGUGUAUAGAGAGAGGGUGGCAGAAAGAAUAACAGUCUUGCUGAACUAGUGGCUUCAGAGAAAGAAAACUGGCAUUCAAAUUCACCUCUGGAAAAUGUGGCACUCCAGUUUGAAGGUUAUUUGAGGAAUUUGGGGGCUGAAGGUCAUGGUUGGAAGCUAGCAGCAUCUGAAGCAAUUCUAGGUUCCCACAUUAAAUGCUGAAAUCUGCUAGCUUGACUCCACUGUGAAGCAACACCUGAAGUAAGUGAGAACACAGAGACCUAGGGGAAAGGCUAAUUACAACCCCAGCUAGCCUAUUAUUUCAGCAAUAUAUUGUAGACUUCAGGGAUAAAAAAGCAGAGGGGCUGAAGAACUUAGCAGAGUGGAUCUUUUAAUAGCCUCAAGAAAAAUAAACUAACUGUGUUUUGAUAGGAAGAACUAUUUUUUCACUUUUUUUUCUGCAUUCCAAAUUUCAAAGCUCUUUGGAAAGUCUCCCUCCUCCCCUCCCCUCAUCUAUUUUGAAAUAUAUCAUUUUGCUCAGACGUCUGUUUUCACCAUUUCUACGUAUCUGGAAGUCUCUUUUUUUGAAACUAUGGGCUCAGAACAAGCAACCCCUCAGGUAUCUGUGGGUAAUAAUGACUUGCUUUAUUUCAAGAUACAUUUAUGAUCUGGAAGUUCUUUGCCUUGCUCAGUUUUUCAAGUGGUAAAGAAAGAUCAGAGUCCAACAAUGGCAGAGAAGUGUGACUGUAUCGCCAGCAUGUAUGGCUAUGAUCUGGGUUGCCGCUUUGUUGAUUUCAGGCCCCUGGGCGUUGGUGCAAAUGGACUUGUUCUGUCUGCGGUUGACAGCAAAAGCUGCCGCAAAGUGGCUGUGAAGAAGAUCACCAUCAGCGACGCGCGGAGCAUGAAGCAUGCCUUCCGAGAGAUCAAGAUCAUCCGCCGGCUGGACCACGACAACGUUGUGAAAGUGUAUGAGGUGUUGGGGCCUAAGGGAGCCGAUCUGCAAGGGGAGUUUUUCAAGUUUAACACAGUGUACAUAGUCCAGGAGUACAUGGAGACUGACUUGGCUCGACUGCUGGAGCAAGGAACGUUGACUGAGGAACAUGCCAAACUCUUCAUGUACCAGUUGCUGAGAGGGCUGAAGUACAUCCACUCAGCUAAUAUACUGCACAGAGACCUCAAGCCCGCCAACAUUUUCAUCAGCACAGAGGACCUGGUGUUGAAGAUUGGUGACUUCGGGCUGGCAAGGAUUGUAGAUCAACAUUACUCUCAUAAGGGUUAUCUUUCUGAAGGCCUAGUAACAAAAUGGUAUCGAUCUCCACGCCUGCUCCUCUCACCUAACGCCUACACCAAAGCCAUUGACAUGUGGGCAGCAGGGUGCAUCCUGGCGGAAAUGCUCACGGGAAGGAUGUUGUUUGCUGGGAAUCAUGAACUGGAACAGAUGCAGCUCAUUCUGGAGACGAUCCCCGUUGUCCAUGAAGAGGACAAAGAGGAGCUGCUCAAAGUGAUGCCAACUUUCAUCAACAGCACCUGGGAAGUGAAGAAACCUUUACGCAAGCUGCUCCCAGAAGUGAACGGCGAAGCUAUUGAUUUUCUGGAGAAGAUCCUGACAUUUAACCCCAGGGAUCGAUUGACUGCAGAGAUGGGUUUGCAGCAUCCUUACAUGAGCCCAUACUCCUGCCCUGAAGAUGAACCAAUUUCUCAGCAUCCAUUUCGGAUUGAGGAUGAGAUUGAUGAUAUUUUACUGAUGGAAGCCAACCAGAGCCAGAUGUCCACCUGGGACAGGUAUCAAGUAAGUCUCUCUUCUGAUUUGGAGUGGCGACAUGACAAAUACCAUGAUAUAGAUGAGGUACAACGGGACCCACGCGCAGGAUCUGACUCCAUUGCUGAAGAAGCACAAGUUGAUCCACGCAAAUAUUCUCAAAGCAGCUCAGAGAGAUUCUUGGAGCAAUCACAUUCCUCAAUGGAUCGAAUGUUUGAUAUUGAUUAUGGGAAAUCAUGUGAUUACAAAGUGGGGUCACCUUCCUACUUGGACAAACUGCUCUGGAGAGACAAUAAACCACAUCAUUACUCAGAGCCCAAACUUAUCUUAGACUUGUCGCACUGGAAAACAGCAACUAUAGCACCCACUGCAGAGUUAUCACUGGAAGAAGAACCAUCUAACCUCUUUCUAGAGAUAGCUCAAUGGGUAAAGAGCACACAGUCAGGGCUUGAAUGCCCUAGUCCUCUUCCAGAGCUUCAAGAACAGAGUCUGCUCUCUUCUCCUCACCAGCAUCAUAAAGAAUCCAAGGAUGUAAACAGUGAAACAGACGCUCAGUUUGACUUGGAUGUCUUCAUCUCUAGGGCGCUGAAACUUUGCACGAAACCUGAGGAUCUCCCAGACAAUAAGCUCAAUGAUAUCAAUGGAGCUUGUAUUUCAGAACACCCUAAUGAGAUUGUACAAACAGAGGUGUUUCAGAAAGAGAGGUGGUAAAGAAACAAUGUCUGAUAUUCACUGCUAAUCUCUUUGUAAGUCUUUGAUAAUGCAUCAAUUACCCUACGGUGAAGAGUAAUUAAGGUUUGAUCUGUUAUUGAACAUGUCAGUUUCUUACACUAUAAUGAAUGCCUUUUUAUUAAAAGGUGAGCACAAACCAGGAACCCCUUUUGAUGCCUUAGAAAUACACUUAAAGGAAUCAAGAGGUGUGAAUGAAAUAUUGAGUUUCUUAUGCUGCCUUAACAAUCUUGCCUUGUAACUUCUGGGACCUAUUUGGUACUUCAAUGUACAAUGGAGAGAUGACUGUACAAGUUUACAAACAGAAGUUGAAUCAACUUCCUUUUUUAUAUAUAAUAUCUUAAAGGAAUAAGGAUGAAGGGGAGUCCCUUCAUUAUGGUCAGAUGCUCCCCUGGUUUGGCAGGUUCAAAACACGUUGAACCUGAGGGCUUCUUUGAUGAACUCAUCUGAGUAUUGUCUAUACAGAAAGGAGUAAUGUAAGGGCAUCUCUUUCAGUAAUUAGUCCUAUAUACAGCUUUGACCAAAUUCUGCCUUUAAUCAGGAAAUAGGGGUUGGAAGAAUGUAACUAAGGGCAGAAUUUGGCCAUCAGGACAGAAAAUGAGGCUGCAAUAUUAAUGGGGAAAGAAUUUGACCCACAGUGUAUGGGUCAUUUUGUUUGUCUCAUUGAGAGAGAGAAUUUUCACUAAUAAGCACAUUCUUCUAAUCUGGUUCCUCACAUAAACAAGUCUUUCCUUUUGCAGUCUAGAUGUGGAUCUGAAGUCUGCCAUUUUUAGAUGAUCCAGCACCAUAACUAUGGGUGGAUGAAUUAAAAAAACAUAAUGCAGCGAAACCUGUCUUAAGCAACUGCUGAAAGGACCAGCAAAUACUGGCAGUGUGGUCUGCAAGGGAGGAGAGAAUUGGAAAUUCAGGAGUACUGAGUUAUGAUCCUGGCUCUUCCACUUACUUGCUAUGUAGCCUUAAGCAAGUCACUUAAUGUCUCAUUACAAAUUUCCCAUCUGCAAAAUAGGUAUAAUACCUUGCUCAAAUAGAUGUUGGGCAGGUAAAUUAGCCAAAGCUUGUAAAGUGCUUUGAAUAGCCACAGUACUAUAUAAGUGCUGAGUAUUGUUGUAUCAUUUUUCUAACAGAAAUUGGUGGUCUUUGGCUAAAAUUUGAACAAAAUCAUACUGGAAACUUUCAAGAUACGUUCAAGUGGUCACUUUAAACCAGGGGUUUGGCUGUUGGAGGUGGUCCUCUGUGCAGGCUGCACAAUAGGGACCGACCAGCAAGGAAAGGUGAUCCCCUUACUGGUGGUAUUCGAUUCUUACACUAUAUAUAUGUAUAUAUACAGUGUGUAUAUAUGAAGUAUAUACACUUCAGAUAUGAAGAAAUAUUCAGAUCUUUCCAAGGCCCUUUGCUUUCAGCUUCCUUGGACGGUUACUAAGUCAGUAGAAAAACAACGCUACUUUGUAAAUAAGUAUAACCACAACUGAUCUAUUGUAGGUUCUGUUUUCAUCCACACUUCUGAGCACCUUAAUAACUAAUCAGCUAACUAGAAUUUGUAUAUUGAAUAAAUGUUAUAUACGUAUAUUUAAUCAGCCAGAUCAAAUUUUAAAAAAUGGAAAAUAUGUAAAUAGUAAGUGUUUUAAAAAAUAUAUGUAUUAUUCUUGUCAUCCUGCCAUUUUGUUUUCCAGCAUGACGGCAUUACUUUUGUUUGUGAAAAGAUAAACUACUGAGGGUUCAUAUGUCACUACUGUCACAUUACAAAUUAUUUUUACCCUUUUGAAAAAUAAUCUAUUAAAUAUUGUGAGAUGUGAAGGAAAAUCUUAUGAGGAUUGGAUGAAAGACUAACUAAUGCAGAAUUUAAUAUUACUAACCAACAUUUCUAGUAUUGGUGGAAUCAGGAUUUAGGGACAGGUUCAGCUUUAUGACAACUUGUGCUAUGUGUUUAAGAGCUGAAUAACUUGCUCGUUCUUACUGUUAAGAAUUUACUGUACUUAAGCUGCUUUAAAUAUUGUUACUCUAGUUGCUUAGUAGCCCAGUUCAGGCUGUCAGCUGAACAGAUUGUGAGGCAGGGGAAACCUAGUUCAGAGGUAAAAGGCACCUGGAAUGCAAAGAAAGUGACCACCCAAACAUCCAGCAGCGAGAAGGGCUAUGUCCUGGUUCUUGGAGCUGAACGUUUGGGUGCCCUACUUUUAAAUGUCAGCACAUUGUCCUUGAAGGAGAAAUAAGGGAGGGACAGGAAGAGAUCACUUAAAGUGUGUAAAAAAUUAUUUAUAUACCUCAACGGAAGCUCAGCGCAUUUACUCAUGAUGAGCCAAAUUCAGACUGAAACAGUCUGGAGAUGUGUCUCCAGUCGAGCUGCUCCUGUUUAUGCCGGGUGAAUUUGGCCCAGUGAGCGUAUGACUUGUCACCCUUGUUCAGUUUAUUAGUAUACCUUUCAGCAAGCCAUGAGGUCCUGAAACAUUAUUCAUAGCACCCAACAUUUGUGGUAUCCAUAUCCCACCUCCUUAGCCGCCAGAAAAGAGUAUAUAAUACGUGUGAAUAUAAACCCUGCCUGGGUUCAGUCCUGCAAUAGGCUGAGUGCCCUCAGUUGCCACUGAAGUCAGGAGUUGAGCGUGCCCAAUAUCUAGCAGGAGAUGCACAAACCUUGCAGCUGGAGGCCCAAAUGAGAGGAAAACUUUUGGGACACAACAGAGCGAGUAAGAUUGUAGGAUCAAACAAGUAGUGCGGGAAGCGACUCUUAACAUUGUAUCUUGAUAGAACAAGCAAAUAUUUACUUCUGUUCUGUUAAACCUCCAUAUUUACUGACCUGAGAAGUUAAUAUUGAUCAAACAAUGUCAGUAUUUUCCCUGAGGGACAAUAAAUCUUCAAGUUCACUGAAACAAGAAGCCAUUUUAUAUUUGUUGCUACAUACAAUCUGAAUGUCUUCAUCAGAAAUAUCUGGGACUCUUUUCACUGUGGUGAUGAAUGUCAAAAGUUUAUCAGUUUUUCCUUUGGAAGUAGCAUUUUAAUGGGGAGGUGAAGUUUGAGGGUUAGAAAUAGAAGCCUCAAAGAAGUAAAUAAUAGAUUUUCAUGUAGCUCAUUGCAGCUACUCAGGAUUUUCCAUUUUGAUUUGUGAUCUGAUCAGUUAACAUUGUUCCAAAUGUCAGUAUUAUCGACCUGUAAGGAGGUAAACAAUGGAAACAUCUCUACUUGUUACAAAGUUGUUUCAGCCAAUGACACACCAGAUUUUUUCUCAUGUAUGUAACUAUAAUAAAAGUUAAGGUCUGAUUCUUCCCUGCUUGACAAUGUUCCGUCAUUUUUCUUUUCGUGAUAUGGAGUGAGAUGUUAUUGAAAACAGAACUUGGUUUGAAAUUCAUUCAGUAAAUUAUCAUGAAUACUUCUUGAAGUUUUAUAAGGAGGCAACUUGGUUAUUUUCUACUAGAUGAGAUCUAACCAAACUUCUCAUUUUAGUUACUGUUGCAUUUCAUCCAUAGUUUAAUGUCACUGAGCUGUGACAUUCAUCCUGCUCUUGAUAUUACCUUGGUGCUUCUGACUUUUUAUUUGCUGGGGUUUUCAUGGUCAU